AAAAUAUUACAUAAUUAUAAUAAUAGAAAUGAUAAUACUUCUUUCUUAUAUCUUUACAGAAAUCAGAUAAUAUGGAGGUAAGCAAGUGUACAUUGCCGGUGUUACUGUUGGUUCUUUCAGUCCUUCUAUACCCAUCAGCAAUUGUAAAUGGAAUGCCUGUAUCUCAAGAGCACUUGGCUGAUGUAGUAGAAAUUUGCCAAAUCGAUACGGAGAUUGCUGGUUUACUUUGCCAACUUCUGAUAAGCCAAAGUAAUCAAGAAAAACAUCAUAUGCCACAAUUUCCAGAGGCACAAAGUGUUUCAAAAAGAAAUGCCUUUGACGCUUUUGUAAGUGUACUCCAAUCCAUGGGAUUAUCAGUAACAAAUGCAAGAGAGCAAUUUCAACAAAUGCAAGAAGACGGUCUUAUUAAUAGUCAAGGACAAAUGAUUGCUCUACCCAGUACAAUUAGGCAACGUAUGCUUGAAAAUAAUAGGAGCACCAUAUCGUAAAACUUUUCUCUAUUUUAGUAUACGUCAGCCCUAAGCGACCAAAGUAAUGUCACAUUUUGAAAGCUAUUUAUUUUUCACACCGAGUUGAUCCGCCGAACACUUCAUAAUUACAUUUCUAUUUUGAAAAUUUAACUGUACCUGUUUCCCCAUUUGUGCAGAACGAUGUCUUAAAAACGUGACGUCAGCAUUCUCUUUUUGUUGAAGAUACGCAGUUAAGAAUGAUUUAAAACCUCUUUGAGAAAGAGAUUAUGGAAUGAAAAGUGGAGCUAGCACAGUAUGAUGAUUGCAGACUAUGUAACACAUUUAAUAUGCGAUUAGCAUUUGGUUAAUGUGUUAUUCAAUUUUGCCACCAACCAAAUAUUUGUUGAACCGUGUUCUUCACCACAGCAACAUUCUUCCAGAAAAGUGCCACAUUGAAAAGUUGUGUAAAAGAACUUGAUCUGUCCUAACAAUUCUCUGUAGCAGAUGCCAACGACAGCGGGAGUACUACGAUUUUUUCUUCGUCUUUCCGUCCAAAUCACAUUUUUUUGUCACAAUUUAAACCUGAUUCUCAGGUUAAAUCUUCCAAGACAUGGAAACGGAUGCAAGAACCUGAAAUACCGUUAAUGACCAGGUUUCUUGUCCAUUUAAAAGUAGAAUUUUCACUUCUUCACGUAACGCCGUGCAUAUCAAUAUUCUCAAUCCGUUAGAGGGAGAGAUACGCAAGACGAAGUGACAUAAAAGAGUAUAGAAUUGCGAGAGGUCCGACUGCUCUGAUUUUGUAUGCACGCAAUAAAACGUUUUAAAAAAAGUACUACAAUGAGAUAGAGGGCGCUCUAUUAGAAUUCAUAUAGAAUUCGAAUCUCGCCCUUUCAAGGACGCCUUCUAGUUCAUGUAGUACUUUUUGAAAUAGGAUUACGUUCCAGCGAAAUCCCAUAAGUCGAACUUCUUGCCGUUCUAUAUUCUUUGGUGACAUUAACAACAGUCACGUGGUUAUUUACGUUACAUAAUAUGCAGAGAAGGAUGAAUACGGACACAUGACGUCGGCACUUAGAAAUGACUAUAUAAAUACAGCUGAAGCAGGUAUCUGAAAAGCGCGUAAAUUUUACCGGUAUCAAAAAAAAACCUUGUUUGAUUAUUAUAAUGAACAAUCUAUAAUGAAUAUGGUUUUCAUGUGGUUUUAGAUCAUGGUUCUAAUUGCACUCAUUGCAUCAUGUUUUCUUACAUGUAUAUAGUCUUUGGAGAUUGCAUUUUAAAAUAAAAAUAUAGGCCUACUAAGUGUGUAGUAGGCCAAUUAUAAUUGAAUGGUAUUUUAAUCACCAUUCGCAUUUCAUUCCAUGCUGAGUAGUAUUAUGAUGACAAAGUCAUUGUCAGAUUCAAAUGGACCUUUCCGCUAAGCCCCGGCCCUUGGAGAUAUUUGCUAAGGUCCCCAAAAAACUACAGUGUUAAAAGCAUAGAACUAUUAAAAAUUCUUAUUAUAACUCUAUGGGUAAAACAUACGAAAACACCUGCGUUUGGGGGAACAACACGUGCGAUUGUUAGACGCGCGCGUAUUCUUGGCCCUGUUCUGAUUGGUCGGUUAAGUUUGAUUGACACUCCGGGAAGGUCCAUUAUACAACGUGUUCUUCCACGAAUUCGUGGUUAAAUAAGAUAUUUAAAAUGUUUACGUUGGAUCAGAAUCGCAGUCGCGAUGUGUCCGGCGAUACACUUAAGAGUAAAUAUACUAAUUAUUUAUUGUUAUAUAUUAUUGAGGCAAUAUUUAUUUAUUGAAUUGUACAUCUUAAAAAUAUUUAUUAGUUGAGGAUUAUGAUAAUCAAUUUGCAACAAUUAAAAGCUAGAGAUGAAAAAAUAUUCUGUUUUCUUUUAUUG